AUGGCCGACCCGAAGAUUGAAGCCGUGCUGGCCCCGUUGCGGGAAGCGGUAAAGGAACAGGGAGACUUGGUGCGGAAGCUAAAGGCGGAUGGUGCUCCCGAAAUCGACGUGAAAAAGGCGGUGAAUGAACUAAAGGCGCGUAAAAAGGUGCUGGAAGAUCGCGAGCUCAGUCUCGUGCCGCAGGUGGCAAGCUUCAAUAGGGCUCGGAUGGAGGAUUUGCUGAAGCGGCGCUUCUUCUACGACCAAAGUUUCUCCAUCUACGGCGGUAUCACGGGACAGUACGAUUUCGGGCCGAUGGGCUGCGCUCUCAAGUCCAAUAUGAUCAACCUGUGGCGACAGUUUUUCGUACUCGAGGAGCAGAUGCUCGAAGUGGACUGCUCCAUCUUAACUCCGGAGCCGGUUCUGAAAGCUUCCGGGCACGUGGAUCGCUUCGCUGAUCUUAUGACGAAGGACGUGAAAACUGGGGAAUGUUUCCGGCUGGACCACUUAAUUAAAAACCAUCUCGAAAAGCUCUGCGCUGGAAAGGAUGCCAGCGAGCAGUUGAAGGAGGAGUGUGUCGAUAUUGUGAUCAAACUGGACGGAAUGACGGAGGCUGAAAUGGCGGCGAUUCUGCGAAAGUACGAUAUGAAGUCACCGAUCACCGGCAACGAGUUAACGGAACCGAUC